GGCUGCAUCUUUAAACGAAACUGAAAAAACCUGGCAAAGCGGUUACAACGUAUCAGAUUCGAAGGUUAUGGUGGAGAUUCUUGCCUUUGUAAAAGACAAACGAGAAUCCAAUUCACCAGAGGGUGUCACUAAGAUCUGCCCCCUGGGGUGAUUGCCACUGCACAUUUUAUUUCUACUAAAAUUUUAUAUUUAAUUUUUAAUUUUCUAUGGCCGUUGGUUAUGGUUGGUGCACAUGACAAUGAGGAGAUGAGGGUACAUCCGUCAACCACCAUCGAUUGUUUUCCGCUACCCUAAUCCCAUUACGACCACAAACCCAAUCCUCCCGACAUGGCUUCGUCAGCAACCUCGCUCCUCCACCCCCUCGUCCGCGCCCCUCGCCCUGCCACUGUCCGCUGCCUCGCCGGUCCCGCCUCUUCGCCGCAGCCUUUCACCGGCCGGCGGCGGUGCCUCCUCCUCCUCGUCCUCUCCUCGCCUGCCCCCCUUCUGGCCGGAACCGCCCCCGCGAGGGCGCAGGACAUCCCCCUCUUCGGGCUGCGGAAGAGGUUGAAGAAGAUCGAGGAGGAGGCAGAGGAGAUCGUGAAGGAGGGGGAGAAGGCGGUGGAGGAGGGCUUCGUUGCGGCGGAGAAGGAGAUCCAAGCGGCGGAGGAGGGGAUCGCCGCGGAGGCCGGGGUCGGGGUCGCUGGGGAUCUGCUCCAGGCUGGGGCGGUGGCGGGGGCGGAGGCCGUCGGAGUUCUGGUGGGCGUCUCCGUCGUCAAUGGAAUUCUUGGGCCCGAGCGCCAGAAACCCUAGUACUUCAAUCCAUGACCUCUUAUUCUGCUCUGCUAAUUUAUUAUUUAAUUUCUACUCUAAGUUGUAGAGUUCUUUUUGGGGUGUUACUUUUUUGGUAUGAUUUAGGUGUAUAAUUUGGUAGAGUGCUACAUUACUAUUUUGCAAUCUGAUAUUGGAAUAUUGAUCAAGAAUUUCAUUGUUGGGUUUGGUAA